AAACUUCACCCCUGCCCGUCGGCCACCCCUCCUCGGCUCCUCCUCAGCCCGUCGCUGAGCUUGGCGGCGGCGCUCACCUCGCUCCGCUCCGCCGCUACUCGGCCCCCUCUGCCGCUCCCCGGUCCCCUCCGCCGCCCCGGCUCAGCCGCCUGCCGGUCGCCGUCACCACUUCACCGGCUUCUGCCCCGGUGCCCCGCACGAGCUCGACGGCGCCCGCCCGCUUACCUUUCCACUUCCCUGCUACCGCCGCCCCUCUCGUACUGUCGUCGCCCGCUGAUCUCAUUUUACCAUCGACAACAAGCUCAUCAAGGUCCAUAUUUGGGACAUGAUUUUGUAGAUUUUGAUCUGCCAUCUGCGUUGAAAGAAUGGAAGCUGGGCUACUACAUACCAAUUAAGCGGAAUAUUUAUCUCACUAAGAAGCGGGUUGAAGAUGAUGGCAUUUUUUGUUCCUGCUCCCUUUCUUCUGAAUCAUCAGUUACUUGUGGAAAAGAUUGCCAAUGCGGGAUGCUGUUCUCUUGUUGUUCAUCAAACUGUAAAUGUGAGAACAAGUGUGCCAAUAAAUCAUUCCAGCUCCGAUCUUUGUUCAAAACAGAAUUGAUUAAGACAGAGAAAUGUGGCUUUGGAUUGAUAGCCGAGGACGAAAUAAAGAAAGGAGAAUUUGUUAUAGAAUAUGUAGGAGAAGUUAUUGAUGACAGAACUUGUGAGGAAAGACUAUGGAAAAUGAAGAGACAACGUUACACUAACUUCUAUCUUUGUGAGGUCAGUAGCAAUAUGGUCAUUGAUGCGACAAACAAGGGGAACAAGUCCAGGUUUAUCAAUCAUAGUUGUGAACCAAACACAGAGAUGCAGAAAUGGACUGUGGAUGGACAGACCAGAGUUGGAAUUUUUGCUCUUCGUGACAUAGAGAGAGGGGAGGAGCUGACCUAUGACUAUAAAUUUGUCCAGUUUGGAGCAGAUCAAGAUUGUCAUUGUGGGUCUUCAAACUGCAGAAAAAUGGUUGGCACGUCUAAGUCGUUCAACUCAUUUGUUCUUCACAAUGGCAACUCAGGAAGCUCGCAAGAUCAGCACGACAUAAAGAAAAGGAAGACAACCUCAGAUAAUUGUAUUGGGGAGAUCAUCCGUUUAUGGGAUCGACGAGAUAAAAUGUAUGUCCCAGCAGUUGUACAUGACUAUGAUGAGUACACUGGAAUGCAUACUUUACUGCUUGAUGAAGAAACUACUGAAAAAUUUGAUAUGAGAGAGGAAGAUUGGGACUUCCUACCGCGCCCAGAAGAUCCAGAAGAAGACUGAUUGAUUAUUGAAGGAUACUUAUGUUUGGAUACACCCAACUGAUUCUCAUCUCAGCAGGACUUGUCACUACCAUUGUAGACAAAUCAUCACUGAGGAAGUACUUGCUGCAACCAUCCACCCUCAAACCAGAUUUUUUUUUCUGUGUGCUCCUGACAUGUAAAUCGGAUUUCCACCCUCAAAUUAGAUUGGUUUUCCUGCAUUCUCCCCCCUUUGCAAAUCAGCAGUUUUACCUCAUGUGACAUGUCCCUGAAAAUAUUGUCUUCUUAGAAUCAGCAGUUUUAGUUUUACCUCA